CGGGCCGACAGCUGCAGCACCGACGGGAGGACCACCGGCAGCGCGUUGCUCAUGCUAGCAGGUCAUCUAAAAAAAUGGAGGGAGGAAACUUGGGAGUACACCUCACCGUGUUCACAACCAAUCAAUGAGUUCUUCCCAGAAUGCACCAGCCUCACAGUGCGUCUGCCAUGACCAGCGGCUACCCCCAAGACUACCUGGACCGCUUCCUCCAGAGCCAGGACCAGGACUCCUCGGUGGUCAACAAGUUCCAGCGCCGCUACUGGAAGACCAAGCAGACGCUCAUCAAGGCCACCGGGAAGAAGGAGGACGAGCACGUGGUGGCGUCGGACGCCGACCUGGACGGCAAGCUGGAGGUCUUCCACUCCGUCCAGAGGACAUGCAUGGAGCUGCUGAAGGUCAUCGAGCAGUACCAGAGGAGGAUCUGCUACCUCUCCCAGGAGGAGAACGAACUGGGUCGCUUCCUGCGCUCUCAGGGCUCGCAGGAUAAAACCAGAGCUGGAAAGAUCAUGCAGGCCACGGGGAAGGCCCUCUGCUUCUCGUCCCAGCAAAGACUGGCCCUGAGGAACCCUCUGUGCCGCCUGUACCAGGAGGUGGAGACCUUCCGCUACCGAGCCAUCUCGGACACGUGGCUGACGGUGAACCGGAUGGAGCAGUCCAGGACGGAGUACCGCGGGGCGCUGCUGUGGAUGAAGGACGUGUCCCACGAGCUCGAUCCAGACACCCACAAGCAGAUGGACAAGUUUCGCAAGGUUCAGGCCCAGGUGCGCACGACCAAAACCAGCUUUGACAAGCUGAAGACUGACGUGUGCCAGAAGGUGGACCUGCUGGGAGCCAGUCGCUGCAACCUGCUCUCUCACGUUUUAACCACAUAUCAGACGACGCUGCUGCACUUCUGGGAGAAGACGUCGCACACCAUGGCGGCCAUUCACGAGAGCUUCAAGGGCAGUCAGCAUCACGAGGCCUCCGCUCUCAAGACCUUGCACGGGAAGAGGAAAGGGAAGAAGAAAAUCAAAGCCAAGGCCGGAGACGGAGAGAAAGCCGAGACCACGGACGACCAACUCAUCUCACUCGUGACUGAACCCACCAGAGAAGAGCUGGAGGCCGACGAGGAGACGGACGGCGUGGCCUUCCUGAACGAGAUCCUGGGCGGCGCGUCCGUGGACGAGGGCGACUUCUCGCGGGAGUGGACGGAGGUGUUCGGAGAACCCGACGACGGCGCGGCGUGGGGUCCGCCGGCGGAGGGCCGGCGACCAGAAAGCUCCUUCUUCCUCCCGUCGCACCUGUUGGACCAGAACGGGCAGCAGUCGUCCCUCUCAGACCCGCCCGCCGCCGCCCCGGCGCAGGACGGCUCAUCUGGAGCCAAUCAGAAGCCGUGUGCCGCAGCCAGAGAGAAUGCGGCGACGUCCAAAGACCUCUCGGCGUGGUUCAACCUGUUUGCCGAUCUGGACCCGCUCUCCAACCCCGACGCCGUCGGCAAAACAGACGGAGAGCACGAACUGCACAACGCCUAGCCCCCCCUCACAGGGCUGGGCUGGAAGGGGAACCAUGGAGGGGUGGUGGGGGUCUGGAAGGGGCACCUUGAUGGGGUGGUGGUAGUCUGG